AUGAAAAAAGGAUGGAUCUGUUAAUAAGCAAUAACAUAUCACCAGCAUUAAGUUUAUGAAUUAAGCUUAAAUGAAAUAAAGUUAUUUCAUGUGGAUAAGAUCAAUUAAUCUUAGUAAUUGACUACUCAAAAUAGAAUAAACAAUGGAUUGUAGUAUAAACAAUUUAUGGUGAUUGUCUUGUUAUGA